CGGAAGCGGUGGUCCGACUGGAGGCAGGCAGAAAGAACAUCAACCUUUUAUAUUAUAGCUGUGCUCGCAAGACAAUAUCUGCAAUCAGGACACAAGGAUGGCAGAGCCCCGAUUUAACAACCCGUAUUUCUGGCCGCCCCCUCCAUCCAUGCCAGGCCAGCUGGAUAACCUGGUGCUCAUUAACAAGAUCAAGGAGCAGCUGAUGGCCGAGAAGAUACGACCCCUGCACCUGCCGCCUACCUCCGCCCAGUCCCAGCAGUCUUUGCUGGUGCCCACCUCAUCCCCGGAUGGUGGCACACAGCACGGCAUGUCAGUGCAAAAGCCUCAGCAGGUGCCGGGCCACCACCAACAGCCACAGGGCUCUGGACAGCCAGACAUCGCUUUGCACGCCCGCUCCGCCUCCAGCUCUGAUGGAAAUAUGGACGAUAAGUCAGCUGUGAAGGCCAAAGGAUUGUGGGAAGACUGGCAUAUGAGACAGCUUGGUGAGCAAGCUGGUCGGAUCAACCAUCGCUCAGGUCUCGCUCCUUCAUCCCGACCUGACAGCCACAACACCUCAGAGGCUCUGACCCCCACAACUCCAACCUCCAGCAGCCAGAUCCGCCUGGGUGGAGCCCCCUCUGUGAACAUCAUCUCUGGGCUGGCUAGUGGUCCUGGGAUGGACCACAUGAAGGCUGGAGGCCUGGCGGGACUGUUGGGCCCCCCACCCAAGGCACCAAGGGGACGGAAGAAGAUCAAAGCUGAAAACCCAUCCGGUCCUCUGCUAGUGGUGCCCUACCCGAUCCUAGCCGACCAAGGCUGUGUCACUAUUGCACCCAAGGAGGGCAAAACCUACAGAUGCAAAGUGUGCCCGCUCACCUUCUUAACCAAGUCAGAGAUGCAGAUCCACUCCAAGUCCCACACAGAGGCCAAACCACACAAGUGUCCCCACUGCUCCAAGACGUUCGCCAAUGCCUCCUACCUGUCCCAGCACCUGCGCAUCCACCUGGGGAUCAAACCCUACCACUGCUCCUACUGCGAGAACUCGUUCCGUCAGCUGUCACACCUGCAGCAGCACACCAGAAUCCAUACUGGCGAUAGGCCUUAUAAAUGUGCUCAUCCCGGAUGUGAAAAGGCUUUUACCCAGCUGUCUAACCUCCAGUCUCACCAGAGGCAGCACAAUAAAGACAAGCCGUAUAAAUGUCCUAACUGCUACCGUGCCUAUUCAGACUCAGCAUCGUUGCAGAUCCACUUAUCAGCACACGCCAUCAAAAACGCGAAGGCCUACUGCUGUAGCAUGUGUGGCCGGGCAUACACCUCAGAGACCUACCUUAUGAAGCACAUGUCCAAACACACAGUGGUGGAGCACCUAGUGAGCCACCAGUCGCCCCAGAGGACCGAGUCCCCCAACAUCCCCAUACGCAUCUCCCUUAUCUGAGCUCCCAGCUGCUCAGCAGCAGGUCAGAUCAAGAGUCUAGGUUAGGCUGGAGCUUAUGAGGCCCUGCACUCACGGCCAUCUACAUAAGGCUUACAUUAGCAUUAUGACAGCUGACAUAAGCAUUCAGUGCUAGAUUCAGUAAACAGGCUGCCUCCAUCCGUCUUGACACAGGUGGUCUGUCAAAAAUGAGCACAGCGUUAUUUUGUGAAUGUAACAAUACGGCUAGAUGUUGUCCGGAGGAUCGAGCGGCAAAGAAUGUCUUGCGUCAGAUUUAAUAAGCACUUUCGUAAGCGUCAUGUAAACUGCCGGAUGCAUUGGCCAUCAGAAAUGUUUUAGUUUAGUUUUUUUUUUCUUUCCUCUUCCAUCAAAUGGGUUUCCAAAAUGUGCCAGAUGAUAUUUGCCCUUAAAAAGAAUUGAGAAAGUUGAAAAAUUGUUCACUGGGUGUAUUCUGGAGACAUCCAAAGAUAAUCUUAAAGCACUUUUAGGCCUUGUGGUUUUGGCUCAAAUUGUUUAAAUCUUGUUGGAUGAAAAAUGCCAAAGGGCAUUACUUGUGGCAGCUAAGAGUACUGACUGUGUAUAAACAACAGUCUUUUCUGUUACUUUCUUUGUUUCACUCACAUUUUUGUGUAAGUACACAUUUACAGGGUCAUCUAAAUUCGAAGAAAGGCAAUCGGUAGAUGACAAUUUAAACAUUAAUGAUUGUAUUAAGAAGUUGUAUUAUUGACUUGAGGAGGUAAGAAAUAGAGCAACAAGGAAUAGGGAAGAAAGAUGAAUGUUUUUUGUUUGUUUUUGUUUUUUUGUUUUGUUUUCUUUUCAAUAUCUUUCACUCCAUAUUUGACUUCAACUUUAUGGCACCUUUACGAUCAUACCAUAUGAUCAAAGAAACACUGCUCACGACAUUCUCCUCACGUCCCAGUAACCAGUGCCAUAUGAACCUUGUUGAAAGCAAAUCUUAUAAUAAUAUGCGUCUGUUUUUUCAUUUCAGUUAAGCUUUGAUUAUUUUUUCGAAGUAUUAGUUGCAGAGGUUGAAUACAUUGCACAUGUACCAGUGCCAGCUCUACUCUACUCAGCCCUACUUUUAAAUAUACUUCAGCUGAACUUCUAUUUUACUCGAGUAGUACAUUUUAACCCUUACCAUUGGACCAAAAUGUGAAGUUACUGUACAGCUCUGACCGUGUUAGGAGUUUUUAAAAAAAACGUUAAUAAGCUUUACCCAUUUGGAAUAAACUGCAGUAUAUGUCAUAUUCCAUAGUCCUAUAUUAUUAGUUAAUGUGGAGGUCAUGCUUCUCCUUUUUGAUUUUUUUUCUUAUUAGUAUUCUUUUCAUUGUACACAGUAUUGUUUGUUGUAUUUUUACUGUAACGUUAACCUCUGGAUGGUACUAAUAGGGUACCCUGUAUUCUUCAGGGCACUUAAGAAAAGGUGCUACGGCUAGACAUUACGAUGGAACUGAGAAUAAUGUAAAAUACAUAUACAGUAUAUAGUAUGUUUUCAAAAGAAUAAAAACUUAUUACUCAAGCCACUGGCCUGAAAACAGACAUUUACGCCAACAACAGACCCUGCCUCUUCAACUUACUCUCUCUCUCUCUCUUUUGAGAUAAUGGGAAAAUGUACAUGUUGCUGUACUGUAAAACAUGUUACUCAUUUAUAGUACCUAUUUUUAAGUUUUCAUAAACAUGUUGUUUGGGUUUUGAACUUACUGUAAUUAUUUUAGUAUAUUCGUAUGUUAUUAAUAUUCAUGUUUUAUAUCAGUUAUUUACAUGUAAGCCUUAACUGUUUUAUCAUCCUGUUUCCAUUACUCUGUAUUGUGUUCUGCAGUAUUCAGUCGUGUAAACAUUUUUUAAACAUUUUUUCCUUCCGCAUGGAGUUCCUGAGCUGUAAUCUGUAUGAUAACUGUUUAACCCAUGUUCUCUAUGAAAAAAAACUAUUGCGUAGAUUUAUUACACUUUUUCCUGUCUUGCAUUGUGGUUUCAUAUACAGUUUCUAAACAACUAAAUAUGCACAGCCAAGACUGAGAAGUUAAACUAAGGGUUAUCAAUGUUUAAAAAAGGAAAAAAAGCUUUGUAUCUUUACCUUGUUUAAUAAACAGACUGUUAUAAAUUCA